AUGCCAACUGACGAUGCGGCGGAGUUCGUCCGCCUCAUGACAGCGUAUGAUAAUUCUCACGAACCGAGGCCGCUGCUUAAUCACCGAGCUACCGUCUAUGGUUUGGUGAUUCCUUUUAUGGUUGUCUCUUAUAUAUGCGUCAUACUUAGGAUAUACACACGGAUCAAGUUACGGUGUUUAGGCUGGGACGAUCUAUUCGUGGUGCUCUUCAGGAUAUCGGCUACCGUUGGCUCGAUAUUCUUGUGUCUUUCGCUGAAUAACGGGUUCGGUGAGCAUAUCCUAACAAUCGGAUACGACAACAUCGUCGCGUUCCAACAGAAAUUCUACGUCUGCCUAGCAACAUACACCAUCUCCACCACCCUCGUAAAGCUCUGUCUGCUAUCGCAGUACCUGCGAAUCUUCGAAGCCCCGUCGCGCGCGCGAACCGUCUGCUGGAUCGGACUCGCCGUCGCCGGGACUUGGGGCGUCGGCUUCUCCUUCUGCGCCCUGUUCCCCUGCUUCCCCGUCUCCGGGUUCUGGAACUGGAACUCGCCCGCCCACUGCUACGGCUUCGGCUCCAAGGUGCCCGAGGAGAUAGCCGGGACUUUUGCCGGACACACCGGGUCGAACGCGGUUCUGGAUGCCCUGGUGCUUGCUAUCCCCGUGCCGCUGUACUUCCGGAAGUCGACGGCGUGGAGGCAGCGGUUUGGCAUUGGAAUCCUCUUGAUUCUAGGCCUUGUCGUAAACCUCCUCAGCAUAUGGCGUCUGCAAACCAUCGUCGCCAGCAAAGCCGGGACAUACCCCGUCCUGGACCCGACCUGGUACGGGCCCAAGAGCAUCAUCCUCGCAGCCCUCGAAGUCGACCUAGCCAGCAUAUGCGCAUCGAUUCCGACCUUCUGGCCCGCUCUCACCCACGCAUUCCUCAACACCAUCUUCAUAACGCAAGAAGUCCACAUAACCCACCAACACCGACGCCUCUCCUCCGCCUCCUCCUCCUCGCAUUUCGACCUGCAGCAGCUUUCCUCCUUGGAGCGCGGACGCCAGGACAAUAAGGCGUAUGACCGCCAUUACCGCGACGACUUCGUGCUGCAGAGAGUCAUCCCGGCGAACAUGAUCGAGGACGACGGUAAAGACGGGGAUAAGGGCGCGGAAGCCCGCGGCGGGUCGCAGGUCCGAUCCGAGGGACAUCGCGGGUUCAAGCGCGAAUGUGAGCGCUUAAGGCUGGUGGCUGUGGAGAGUAAUAAUAGCAGUGGGAAAAGUGAUCAUACUAAAACAAAGAAAAUAAUGUCUUAG